AUGAAGGAGAAUAAAGAAAAUUCAAGCCCUUCAGUACUCUCAGCAAACCUGGACCACACAAAACCAUGUUGGUACUGGGAUAAAAAAGACUUGGCUCAUACACCCUCUCAACUAGAAGGACUCGAUCCGGCCACUGAGGCCCGCUACCGCCGAGAAGGGGCUCGGUUCAUCUUUGAUGUGGGCACACGUUUGGGACUACACUAUGAUACCCUGGCAACUGGAAUAAUAUAUUUUCAUCGCUUCUAUAUGUUUCAUUCCUUCAAGCAAUUCCCAAGAUAUGUGACAGGAGCUUGUUGUCUCUUUCUGGCUGGGAAAGUAGAAGAAACACCAAAAAAAUGUAAAGAUAUCAUCAAAACAGCUCGUAGUUUAUUAAAUGAUGUACAAUUUGGCCAGUUUGGAGAUGACCCAAAGGAAGAAGUAAUGGUUCUGGAGAGAAUCUUACUACAGACCAUAAAGUUUGAUUUACAGGUGGAACAUCCAUACCAAUUCCUGCUCAAGUAUGCGAAACAGCUCAAAGGUGAUAAAAACAAAAUUCAAAAGUUGGUUCAAAUGGCUUGGACGUUCGUAAACGACAGUCUGUGCACGACCUUGUCACUACAGUGGGAACCAGAGAUCAUAGCAGUGGCAGUGAUGUAUCUUGCGGGGCGUUUGUGCAAAUUUGAAAUACAGGAAUGGACCUCCAAACCCAUGUACCGGAGAUGGUGGGAGCAGUUUGUGCAAGACGUCCCUGUGGAUGUUUUGGAAGACAUCUGCCACCAAAUCCUGGAUCUUUACUCACAAGGGAAACAACAGAUGCCUCAUCACACACCCCAUCAGCUGCAGCAGCCCCCAUCUCUCCAGCCCACACCGCAAGCGCCACAAGUGCCACAGUCACAGCCGUCUCAAGGCUCCGAGCCGCCCCAGCCCCCGCAGAAGGACUCGCAGCAGCCAGCCCAGCCGCAGCCACCGCCACCGGCCCAGCAGCCCAAGAAACCGUCCCCGCAGCCUAGUCCCCCCCGGCAGGCGAAGCGCGCCGUGGUUGUUUCUCCCAAAGAAGAGAGCAAAGCAUCAGAACCACCACCACCUAAAAUUCCCAAAAUUGAGCCCCCUCACCCUCCAUUGCCUCCAGCCCAUCCACCUCCAGGCGUCCUGCCAAACGCCAGUGCCGCCCGCAGAUGGUGCUGCGUCCUGGCCCUGGCCCUGGCCUCGCUGGAGGCAAGACGGGCAGAAAGAAGGGGCCCCGCGCACGUUUGUACUAGAAAGAGGGCUGGGGGUCUGGGCGGAAGGGACUCCGUGCGCCCCCGGGACUGCCCGUGUCUGGUGCGCUGGGGAGCGAGGAGGGAACACCCAGAGUGGCUGAAGCCUGGCUACCCGCCCCCCCCACCCACGUACAACCCCAAUUUCCCACCACCGCCCCCCCGCAUGCCACCCACCCAUGCAGUGCCCCCUCACCCUCCUCCAGGCUUGGGCCUGCCACCUGCUAGCUACCCGCCUCCAGCUGUGCCCCCUGGAGGGCAGCCGCCUGUGCCCCCGCCCAUUCCGCCACCUGGCAUGCCUCCAGUCGGGGGGCUGGGGCGGGCAGCCUGGAUGAGGUAA